AUGUCCGACCCACUGGAGCUAAGGGAGCGAAUCACGUCGUCCAAGCGGAGCUCCAAUGAUGUUGAGAGUACGCUUCGCGACGAGGAUCACAUUCAAGUAUACAUCGACAAUCCCCUCGACAACCUCACUCUCGAAGAGCUUGAGGAACAAGUCGCUGCCUUCCAACUCAAAUACGGCCUAGUCCACGUCAUCGAUGAGAAGCUGCUGCAGAAGGGCGCGCGUGUUGCGCAAAGCGGACGGACAUUCGAGGCUAUCGAAGAGCUGACGCAGGAAGAGCUUCAAGCCUUGCGGGAUGAACACACGCGGCUUUUCAGGCAACCGCCAGCCUUCUGGAUUACGAUUUGCUGCACAUGCAUUGCCGCAGUGCUACAAGGAUGGGACCAGACGGGAUCAAACGGCGCCAACCUUGAGUGGCCAGACGCAUUCGACCUUGUGGUUGACGGUGACAACCCCGUUGAAAGUGAUGUCUGGAUUCUCGGAGUGGUUAAUGCAGCUCCGUACUUCGCAGCGUCCAUGCUGGGUUGCUGGAUUUCUGAUCCGCUGAACAACUAUACUGGCCGGCGAGGUACCAUAUUCUUCUCUGCCAUCUUUUGCUUCGCUUCUGUUAUCGGUGCGGCAUUUACUCAAAACUGGAUCCAACUGUUCUUCUGCCGUUGCCUUCUCGGCAUUGGGAUGGGUAGCAAAGCGGCAACAGUCCCCGUCUACGCGGCCGAGAACUCACCCGCUUUCUUCCGUGGAAGUUUCGUGAUGAGCUGGCAGCUCUGGGUAGCCUUUGGUAUCUUUUUAGGCUUCUCGGCCAAUCUCGCCGUCUACCAGGUCCCCAUCAUCGGCUGGCGCCUGCAGUUCGGCAGCGCCUUCAUCCCCGCCGUCCCGCUCCUCAUCCUCAUCUGGUGGGCACCCGAAUCGCCCCGGUGGUACAUCAAGCAGAAUUGCUACCCGCAGGCAUACCACUCGCUGCUCCGCCUACGCAACGUCCCGUUGCAGGCUGCUCGCGAUCUAUACUACAUGCACGUGCAGAUCGAGCUGGAGAACAAGAUGCUGGCGGCGGAGCAGGCUGCGCGAAGCGGCGGGAGGGCGGCGGACGAGGAAACGGUGAGCAGAACGCCGGUUGCCAGAGAUCUGUACAAGGCCAAGAUGUACGUGCGGAGAUUCGUGCAGCUGUUUACGAUCGCGAGAGUGAGGAGGGCGACUUUGGCGUGUACGACGGUCAUGCUGGCGCAGCAGAUGUGUGGGAUCAACAUUGUGAUUUUCUACAGUGCGACUUUGUUCGUGGAGGAGGCAAAAGCAGACAAGCAGACCGCAUUGCUGGUCUCGUGGGGCUUCGGCCUGGCUAACUUUAUAUUCGCGCUUCCAGCAGUGCACCGGAUCGAUACUCUUGGGCGUCGCACGCUGCUACUCGUCACGUUCCCAGGCAUGGCUCUCACGCUCUUGGCAGCCGGCUUCUCCUUCUAUAUUCCCGAAAACAAUCCGGCUCGUCUGGACCUCAUUACUUUCUGGAUAUUUUUCUUUGCUGUCUUUUACAGUCCUGGCGAGGGACCGGUACCCUUCACUUAUUCUUCGGAAGCCUUUCCCCUGUCUCAUCGUGAGGUUGGCAUGAGCUGGGCAGUCGCGACGAACCUCUUCUGGGCUGGAAUCCUCAACACGGUCUUCCCCAAGCUCACCGAUGCACUGAGUAACACAGGCGCACUCGGUCUCUUCGCAGGACUGAACGUCGUGGCGUUUGUGAUGAUCUUCCUGUGGGUACCGGAAACGAAGCAGCGGACACUGGAAGAAUUGGACUCAAUAUUCAAAGAGCCAACGCGACACCAUAUGCAUUACCAAAUCACGGUGACACUGCCUUGGCUUUGGAAGCGCUACGUGCUUCGCCAGGACGUCGAGAGGGCGCCGCUUUAUGUUUUCAGACGAUGA